UGAGAGCGGCGCGAGGCGGAUGUUGGUGACUGCUGCUCGCGGCGCCUUGAGGUCGCGGGCUCCCCUCGGCGGCGGCGGCGACGUCGGCGGCUCCGAGUCUCGUGAGUUCCUCAGAGAGACGGAGACUCGGGGAGAGGGAGGGGAGAGAGACAGCCCCAGUGUGUGCCAGCGCCUCUCGCGAUCGCGUCCGCUCGCAGGGCGGGGUGGGGUGGGCUCGCGUCUCGGGGGUGUCGAAAUGAGUGUCCGCACGGUGCGCAAGGGCAUCCACGUGGACCAGUCGGAGCUUCUGUGCAAGAAGGGAUGCGGUUACUAUGGCAACCCGGCGUGGCAGGGCUUCUGCUCCAAGUGCUGGCGCGAGGAGUACAACAAAGCACGCCAGAGGCAGAUCCAGGAGGAUCGCGAGCUCGCCGAGAGGCUCCAGCGAGAGGAGGAUGAGGCGUACGCCGGCAACCCCAGCGGCUCCCAGCCCAUCACGUUCGCCAAGUUCGAGGAGAAGAAGACCCAGGAAAAGACGAGCAAGGUCAACACUGUCAAGAAGUUCUUCUCGGCUUCCAAGACCCCGCCAAAGAAAGACGUGCCAGAUUCCAGGCCUCCGGAUAGCCGCCCAGUGAUGCGCCAGCAGAGCCUGGAGAGCCAGCGCGUGGCCGGCGAGUUCACCGACUUCCUGAAGCUGCUGCGCAAGCCGGCGGCGCAGGACAUCUACAAGCGCUGCCGCGCCUGCAUCGAGGGCAUGCAGCUCAAGAAGGACAAGAGCAUUGAAGCACAGUCGGACUUCGUACAAGACUUUUACCAGACCAUGGCUGAGCGGCUGCAAUGUCACUCUGUCUUCAAAGGUGCUUCCCCAGAGCAGGUGGAAAAGAUGAUGGACAACAUUGAGAAGUUCAUCAUGACGCGAUUGUACAAGAACGUCUUCUGUCCCGAGCACACGGACGACGAGCGAAAAGACCUGGCCAUCCAGAAGCGCAUCCGGGCGUUGCACUGGGUGACCCCCGUGCUGCUGGGCGUACCCAUCAAUGGGGACAGCCCCCAGGUGAUCGACAUGGUGGAGAAGGCCAUCACCGACAUCAUCGAGAUGGACUCGAAGCGCGUGCCGCAGGACAAGCUGGCAUGCGUGACGCGCUGCAGCAAGCACAUCUUCAACGCGAUCCGCGUGUCGCGCGACGAGCCCGCCACGGCCGACGACUUCCUGCCCACGCUCAUCUACAUCGUGCUGCGCGCGAACCCCCCACGCCUGCAAUCCAACAUCGACUACAUCACGCGUUUCUGCCACCCCAACCGCCUCAUGACCGGGGAGGCCGGAUACUACUUCACCAACCUGUGCUGCGCGGUGGCAUUCAUCGAGAAGCUGGACGCGCACUCCCUGAGUCUGACGCCGGAGGAGUUUGACCGCUACAUGUCGGGGCAGGCGUCGCCGCACCGGCCCGGGGGCAUGCACCUGAGCAGCACGGAGCCCGAGCUGAGCCCGGCUCUGCGGCUCAUGAACCACAACCUGAGCGCGCUGCAUGAGCUACACGAGCGCCAAGGGAACGUCAUCGCAGGGGCACGCGAGAUGGAGCGCCACCUCAUCUCCUGGCAGGAGGAGGUGAUGCAGCAGGUGCAGGACGUAGUCGACAAAUUUCCACUGGAGGUGCGGCCGCCCAGCGCCCAGCAGCAACAGCAGCAGCAGGCCGCGUGUCUCGCACCGCUGGACGCUGACAACGAGGACGACGACAAGCUGCCGCCCCCGCUACUGCCGCAGCCGGCAAGCAGCUAGCAGCAGCCGGUGGCCCUUCGGCACUCGCUGCCGCUGCCCCCACCCUUCCCAUCGCGAAGCAUCGAGCGCGCUUCCAUCUUCCCCCCCCACCCACCCGCCCGCGCAUUUAAUUCAAAGGCGCCGGGUCAUCGGGAAUGUUUAUCCGGCCGAGCGCAGCUCGCGCGCUCGCAUCGCGCGAAUAUUACUCCCUCUGUGUUUUUUCCCGUGCCCAACCGCGGGCCCAGCCCCGUCGGCUGGAAGCUGUUGAGCUAUCGCUGGGGAGACUUAAGCUGUACAAAAUGAGACUGUAGUGUGUAGCUCACUGACCGCUGUGACGAUGAAGCCCCGACCAUAACGAAGCCACUUUGAAGCUGCUAUGAAUUGAUUCGCCGAUGAAAAUGAAUCGCUACCCUCGUGAUACGUGCAACAAAUUGUUGAGAGAAUCGAUCCUUUUUAUGUUGUAUACCUCGGUCGAAAUGUGUUGACAUGACCCUUGCUGCCACGAAGAGGCCACUCCAGUCACAAGGUAAAAAAAAAAACAUUUUAAAAUGUAUUUCCGAAUUGUGGCCUCGAAUCUUGAGUUGGUGGCAAAAUUAUCGAAUUGUACGGAGAGGUGCACGGAAUCUUUCCGGCGUGGUGGCUGCAGCCGGCCACACUGGCAUGAAUGGUAUGACCGGCUGCAGUCGCUGGGCCGCUUGAAGGCUCCGUGGCAGCCUUCAGAAACGCCGGCUGGCACCGCCGCCGUGAGUGUGUGAGGUCGUGCUUUUUUGGUUUUCGUCGCCCUUGCAAGUCACGGCCAUGCCAGUGCAGCACGUAGAACUGUGGGUGCGAGAACCACUAUGCCAGUGUCGAGCCUUUUCUUUACCCGGGUGCGUGUAUGAAGGCAUUUCAGGCCCCUGUUCCUUAAUCGACGCAUUUCGAGCCCUGGUUCCUGAUUGGCUUAGGUUGAAUCGAAGACUCGUGUGAAUUUGAAAGGAACUGCACGGGUGUCAGCUGACCCUCUUGUUGCUGUGAUCUUCAGUGCGGUGCUGCUUUUGAAGCGCUUAGAAGAUCAGCGAUUUGGAAUGAGCGUAAUAGACGGAUAGACGAGCCGCGUAGAUUUUUCGUUCUUGCUUCAGAAGUAGGCGUUUAAACGGCAGAAGAGACGUAGCUGUGACAUUUUUUUUUUGCACUUUCAGUCAAAUGUAGGUGGGUAAAUUAUCGAGAGCUAAUUUCACCUGUUGGAGUAGAAAAUGUAUUCGUCAACUAGCAGCGUUAUUGCUCAAGUGAAACCGGGUAAGAAUUGUCCAAGUUGAGGCUGGUUAGGUCAUGGCGUGAGCGCCCCCUCCCCCCCCCCCUUUGGCCACGAUGGAACAGAUAGCACUUCAGGGUUCACCGGUUCGAGAACGGGCGUCCGUCGCGCACACGCAAAACGAAACCGACCUUCGGGAACGCAAGUUUGCGACCAGGUUUUUGCAAAAACCUUUGCAGUCCGCCGUGCCUGCAAGCAGGGCUGCCGCGUACGACUCGGGAGAAGGCCUCUUUCGGACGAUAACUGGGGGGGCAAGGCGUUUGCUCAUUAUCCCACUUGUAACUGUUUGACGUCGAUUAGAGUUUUCAAACGUCGUCAACGCUUGCGCCGGAGGAACUCUUUACGCGGCGAAAUUCCGCAUCUCUUUUGUGAUCCUUCACAGGUUUUGCGGGUAUUUGUCGCCAUGUUCGCUUCCUGCAUCUGUUUUCCAAUUGAUGAAGCUCGGAUGCCUUGUGCGAGACACUUCCCCCCCCCCCCCCGAGCGUUAACCUCUUCGUAUCCGGAGGUUUCUUUUUUGUGUGCCUCCCAGCUCCAUCCUUCUUCUCAAAGCUCGCAUUGGUUUCACCCAAACAUGCCAAGCGGGACAACUCCAGACAAAGCCACUGGGGCUCGGCGAGGCCCUCCUAGCUAAAUAAAGCAUUGGUAAUAAUAAUAAUAAAAACAAUUUAAUGCGACUUGAGGUGGGCAGCAGUCUAAACUGUUGCCGUCAUGCCUGGCAGCUCUUCUCACAAUGUGCUCUUUAAUACCGCACCGUGUCGCCCCCCCCCCCUUUUGUCGAGACAAAAUUCACCAAUCCACUGUCGGGGGCAUUGCACUGCGCACAUGGCAGUGGGCCGCAAAAAUACUUGGGAAGAGGCUGGAGCCAUGUCGCGUCUGCCCUGCACGCACUCCUUGCUGAUCCCACGAAGCAUCGCUGAUUGAAGCCCCCCCCCCUCCUCGUCCCUUUUUAUAAUGUACACAAACACGCACGCACGCAAGCAAGCAUCCAGAGUAGAGUAAUUCCUCGUCCGUCAGUUUCGAUUCCACAGCUUAUGCUCGGCAGCGGCCGAAAGUCGAGCGUACGGCGAAACGGUCGCCGUACGCCUCCUCUUCUUGGGAGAGACUCCGUGAGUGUUCGCCCCCCGGUGCCCUCCGCUGUAACGACCGUGCCGUGACCCCAUGUCGCGUGUCCUCUUGUACGCAUCGUUAGUUCUGCGAGGUUGUUUAGCGUUGAUGUGACUUCCCCCACCUCUCCAACCCCACCCCCCCCCCCCCCCCCCCCCCAUUUUUUCUUCUCCUAAAGCCAAAGUGGCGUAGUUCUGUUCGGUAUAUUUAUGAGUUCCAAAUAAAAACGCGAGAGAGUUCUGUUUGGCAA